ACCCCUUGUUUCCCCCGCUUGCCUCUCCACCCAUCCACGCCUCUCCCACUCCCCCCCUCACCACCUGCUUCUGUGCCCCGCUCUUCCCCACGCACCCACGUUCUUCACACCUUCCCUCCAGGUCCCUCCUUCAUCCUCUCCUUCCACCGAACCCACUCAGGAUCUGAGUGCGACGGGCCAGCAGCAGCGGGAUACUGCAUUCUUACGCCCAACCGCUCGUCCGUUCCCUCCCCCAACCAUUUCCUCCUCCAACAAGUAG